GACCCAAACAAUAGUUUUUCACCGGUACCCCGUUUCUCUCCGAACGAAGGCAAUGCUUGAAGGAAGAAGACGAUUGUAAUUGUUUACUACUUCAUCAUUUCACACUAUAAAUCUAUGAUUCUAACCUGAUACUGUCUGUGACAUUCACAGUUUUUGUGAAAAGCGGAUGAAAUUCCUCUGUCGGUGUAUUAAUUUGAAGCAUAAGAUUAAGAGACACUAAAAAUUCAGCUGCUUUUAUCGGAUUGCUGAAACUCGUACCAGCCGAGCCCGCUGGCGUGGGUAUCGUACAGUAAACCCUGUAGAUCUAGCUGAACUCAACCAGGGAAAGAUGCCGUAUCAGAAAGUACCAAAGAAAACGCAACCUCUGUGGCAUGAUUGGGACUAUAAGGCACAGAAAAAAGGUGUCAGGAGUACAGUGUAUUCUGUAAAUGGAGAUGAAUAUACAGGAGAAUGGCUCGACAACAAAAAACAUGGCAAAGGAACUUACAAGUGGAAGAAGUCGGGAGCUUUAUAUGAUGGAGAUUGGAAGUUCGGAAAGAGGAACGGGUUUGGAACAUUAAGUACCCCAAUGGAGGGAGGAGGCUACAAAAGAAUCUACUCUGGUGGCUGGAAAAAUGAUAAACGACACGGUUAUGGAACACAUUUUUACUCAGCAGAAGAGUAUUAUGAAGGAGAAUGGUAUGCUGAUAAACGCAGUGGGUGGGGUAGGAUGUACUUUGCUGAUGGAAGCACAUAUGAGGGAGAGUGGUACAAUGAUGAGAGGAAUGGACAGGGCAUGCUCAGAUUAGCGACGGAGAACCGUUACGAGGGCACGUGGAAGGAUCACAAGAAGAAUGGACCAGGAAAGUUCUUCUACUUGGACAAAGGUCAGGUCUAUGAGGGUGUCUGGGUCAAUGACAUUGCUAAGUGUGGCACCAUGGUAGACUUUGGCAGAGAGGGAGCUCCAGACCCAACUCAGUAUCCCAUUCCAGAGAUCAAACUUGCAGAUGCAAAUGGCGUACUCCAAGAAGCAGAAGAUAUGUUUUUACCUGACAGCGAUUGAGGAUAUAAUUACAGUAUCAAAAUAAACAUUCUAAUAUACAGCCAACUGGUAUUGUAAUUAAACAAUUGAGAACUGGAUGAUUCUUUAAACUAGCAUAUUCAAAUUUUGUUCUGAGAGGAAAUAUCCAAGCAUUUAAUAAUUGAUGAAUUAUAAACCAAGAGAGCUAUCAAUUAUAGCUCUUCUGAUGUUUACAAAAACUGAAUUCUGAACAUAAUAUAGUUGUUCUGAACAUUGUAGCAUAAUGAAAUAAAACUAAGAUUAAUGAAAGUUCAUUGUUGAGUUGUUACAGACUGCCAUUAGAUUAAAAUAUAACCUAUUGUGUAAAGUCUGAUAAGUUGAAAACACAUUUUCCCCAAAAUACAUCAUAUUGAAAUAAUGAAUAAUGAAUUUUAUUCAUGGGCUUCUAGUAUUUCAAACUUAUUUGUUGGGGUAAAUUUUAUAUUUCUAAAGAGCACUAUUUAUAUAAUACAUGACUUUACUGAAUAGCAAUUCUUCAGAAAUUGGGGCCCUUCAAUCCAUACACAAAUUGCAUGUGUAAUUGUACACUGCUCAUUUAUGAGGAAUGCAAUUCUUGAGGACCAUUGUAAAGGAUUGCUAUUCAUAAUUGAAUAAUGGGCAGUGUUGUAAAUACCUCGAAAUUACAAUAUUAUUUGGUAAUCUGUUUAUAUUGUAUUUGUAAAUAUGUGUACAUUAUUAAUAUUUUGUAAGAAAACUGCAAUAAAAAAGGAAAAUAUAUCAAUACAACGAUUGCUCUGAAAUGUUAUUUAACUUGUCUAAAAGAUGUUCAUUUUUCUUGAAGUAGUUUAAAUCCAUGAUGCUUGUUAUUCUGUGAGGAGAGUGUUUUUUAGAAGACAAUAUUGAAGUAUUUUUCAUCCAGAGUGCUAUCAAUUUUCCAUGAUAAACAUCGGAAUAAUUUCAUACAGGCUGUGAAUAGUGACCAGUAAGAUCUAUAUCCUGAGGAAUUACUUUUAAAUAUAAAUUGUUUGAGAUUUAAUUCUAAAUCCAGAUUUCUACUGGUCACCUUCUAUGGCUGAUCUAGAUCUAUUCAAAUCUAUAAAAUGUAUCUAUUCAAAUCUAUGAAAUGUAUCGUAUAUUAAUUAAAAAAAAAAGGAAAUGUG